AUGUGGGCGGUGCUGAACGCGAUCCAGACUGAUCUGGCCAAGAUCAAACCGAACAAAGCCAACAGUGGUGACCAGUAUCGUGUGUUUGAUCCGGGGACGAGAGCGAACAGCAUGUAUUUCCAGACAGGUGAAGGCGAAAGAAGCCUGACACCUGAGCGCUACUUGAUCAAAACAGUGCGCUGCGAGAAAAAUGCACGAUCGGCACCUGCGAGAACAUUUUUUGAUGAAGGAGCAGAUUUUUGCGGAAUUUCGGAGCGUUUUGUGGAGAGCCAAGGCUGGAUGAGCGAUGUGGUGGAUCAUGGAGCAAUGGAGGUGACGUAUGCCAACGGGAAGACCGAGUCUGUGCCUAUUAAGUACGAGUUCUACCUAUGUCAUAUCCCGAACAAGUGUGAGCUCAUGUUAGGUGUGCCGUGGAAACGACUGGCGCGGCCAAUAAUCGACUGGGAAACUGAUCGGAUCCUCUCCAAGGAAGCUUUCGUGCAAGAGGCCAAACCGCUGCCAAAUCUGCCCCCGUUGCUGCCUGAAAGACGCUUUUACUACAUCAAGCGUUUCGGGUUCACGAAGCACAUCACUCUAAAGCAGGCGGACAAGAUCAUCCGAAAACGCGACGUGGAGUUC